AUUCCAGAUGCAUGAUGACACCACAUCCCACCAUCUCGCUGGCUUCUUUUUUUUUUUUUCUUUCUUUCUUUCUUUCUUUUUUUUUUUUUUUUCUUCUUCCCCAAAAUCGUAUGUUGAAGACAACCAAAAGUAGAACAUGUUCUGGGUGUGCCUGCCUGUGAUUUAUCCAAUAGCCAAAGUGGGGGGAACCACUGAAAGGGAAAGACAGAGCGUCUGCUGCUGAAGGGAGUGGAGACUGAGGGCUGCAGGAUGAAGACCUCUGGAGCCCAUACACUGUUGUGUCUCUUAGCACUCUGCUUGUCCUCAGCUGCCUGGUUUCCAUGGAUGGUCAAUGGGCAAGAACUGGAAAGUGCAACUGGUGAACUUAGCACCGACUCUCUUAUCAGCAACUCUGCUGCAGCUGUCACACCACCUGUGCUUCUUAGUCCUGUUCAAUCUGAUAGCGAAACCACAACGGCUUCAUCAGAUUGUCGCGAAGAAAAGUUCCCUUGCACACGCCUCUACUCUGUUCACAAACCAGUAAAGCAGUGUAUCAGCUACCUCUGUGUUACAAGUGUACGUCGCAUGUACAUAAUAAACAAGGAGGUGUGUACUCGCAUUGUCUGCAAGGAGAAUGAGGUCAUGCAAGAUGAGAUCUGUCGCCAGCUGGCUGGCCUUUCUCCACGUCUCCGCCGAUCUGGACAACCCAUGCAUCUCCCUUGCAGAAAACUUCUGGAGCAGCAGCUCAAAAGGCCUGACGCUCUGUGAGCUACCAACAGUAGGAGAGAAAAAGGAAGAGAGAGGAGAAAAAUCAUCAUUCGCUGCCUACAGCCCAAGACAAGUCCUCGCUUGUGAUUUCCCCACCAUUUCCUUGCUUUUCUGCCUUCCCCCACAUCCUCUUUUUCAGGUGCUGCAGUACAGAGUCUCCUCUCUGCUACACAGUGGCUGUUAUAAUCUCCUAAGUCUGUUGCUGAGGAUGUGGGCUGCUCCUCUCUUUUCUCUUAAACUCUGACAGGCUGUGAACUGCUCAUUUCCCAGAGGUCCUUAUAAAUGUGCUGCAUCUUCUCUUGGUUUGCCCCUGCAGAGAGACAUGCAUGAGGAUCGGAGGUAGUCCUCUCUAAUGGUACAGAUGAGUUAAGCUGCAUCUUAUGUGGAGGAGUGCAAACCUUUAUACCCUAGGACUCCUGGCCCAGGUUUCUUGCACUGCAUCAGUAUGAAUUCAGAUAUGGUUAGCCAGCCUGCACCUCUCCCUGGCCCUCCUGAGCUGCUGAGCUUGCUGUGUGGUAGCACAGCCUCCUCUGGUGUCUGCUGGCCUCAGAGAACUGACAGAACUGGUAGGGAAUCUGUCCUUAACCCAAGACAAACAUUGUCCCUGUAUGGCAGCAGAUAAUUUAUAACUACCUCUGGGAAAUUCUUCAUUUUAAGCCCAUUGCUUUCCUCAUGCACAACUGUUCCUGAAAGGAAGAAUUCUGGAUUUAGAAUGGCAUUAUAUUUCUCUCAAGAAGAUCAUGUUGGAACAGAGUGCUGCCUCUCCCUCUCCCUCUCCCUCUCCCUCUCCCUCUCCCUCUCCCUCUCCCUCUCCCUCUCCCUCUCCCUCUCCCUCUCCCUCUCCCUCUCCCUCUCCCUCUCCCUCUCCCUCUCUCUCCUCUCCACUCCUCUCCUCCAUUCUGUCUCUCCCUUCCCAUUGAAGCAAUCUCUUGAUGCCCAUUCCAGGCAAAUUCCAAGGAGCAGGAUGGCUUCCUCCACUCCUAAGCCCAAGAGAGACCACGAAGAACCUGUGUGUCCUCACAGUACUGGGAACUUGCAAUGAAUUAGAUUGUCCAGGUUGCUUGUCUUGGUCUGGCUACCUCCACACUCUCCAGUUGCUGAGCCUGCUUUCAAUAUCACCACUUGAGUUCCACCUGCUGACCUGGGAACUCCUGCACAAAGCAGAAAGCACAAAUUGGAUCGGCAUAUGGGAGAAGAAUUGUUAUAUGGGAUCCCUGUUUUUUCCUGCAGGUUCUCCGGCUGUGCUGAUCUGCGCAGAGCCAGGUGCGGGUGGGGAGGUAGACAUGUCAGCAGGUAUAAGCAUAGAAGCAGACCAACCUGGGAAAAAAAUUCACUCUGGUAGCAAUGGAUGUCUGUGGUCUGCUUGAGAACUUUGUUUUCCAGAUGUAUGGAAAACUUCUCCAAUUAUAUGGGAAACAUUUUCAGGUAUACAGGCCAUUUUCACUAUAAGCCUGGGUAGAGUAAGUGGGGAAGAGCUGUCUGAAGUGUAUUAAUCACUUACAUGACUUUUAGUGGCAUGAUUCCAUGGAGCACCAGAGCUGAGCAGCUUAGCUUACUGCAGCAGAAGAUCGGCAAGACCCUCUCUCUAGGAUCUCUAGGGGUUGUUCCCAACUAAGAGAAAGCCAGUUUGCUAGGGCAGGCAUCCACACCCUGCCCAUAAUGUAUUCUGCUGCUGAGCUGAGUACCAUUCACCCUUGCAGGAGCACUAAUCUGCUGCACACAGUCAGGGUCACACAAUAUAGGGGUCAGUUGGCUUCACAGAGGCAGAUACCUCAGAAAACUGAAGAACAAAACAAUUAAUGUAAGAGUCUCUCCCAGGAACUUGGGUUUCUGCUAUAUGCUGCAGGAAGCUGGUUACAUCCUCUGUGUGGAGGAAGACACCCCUGUGCAGACACAGAUUUAUUCCAUAUAAGGUCAAAAUUUGCCAUAGUUGGGCUAAAUCUCUAUAUUAAUCCAGUAUACAGGUGAUAGAAUUCCAAGUUAUGUGGUGACUGGAAUUUCAUCCUAUACAUAGGGACAUAACACCCCUACACAGAGGAUCAUGUUCCUCUUGAGUACUCAAGGGUCAUGAGACUAGAGAUGGAGGAGGAAUUUCUCUGUACUGAGUGCAUGCAUGUUUCUGUAGAGAGGAGGGCACUGAGAGCUUGAUUUCAAAGACGUUGAAGCCACUGGCAGUCACUGACCUCUAUGGUGGGGCGCCUGUGGAAUUAGCCUUCGUGGAGGAAGGUGGGAUGGAGUUGAGAUGUUAGAUGCAACUGGACUAGGCCAAGUCUCAAGUCUGUAUUUAGAGCUGAAUGUAAACUGAUCUAUAGAUAUAUAACUGUAUAACAUAUCUACUGUAUAGUAUAUAAAAAUUUAACAUUCAUACAGUUUGGGGAAUGAUUAGAAUCCUUCUGUUGCUUGCUUUCAGCAGGGACAGGAAGAGGUGCUCCACUCCAGGAGAACACUGCUUUAAUGCUGGAGUCCAUAUAAUGCACCCAAAAAUAUUAAAAGAAAAAUUAUUUCCUCUUA